AUGGUUUUAAACUUCACGCUUUCGGGGCGCGAUUUGGCCGGUUGGGGCGCGCUGGCGCAGAGACUCUUUGGGAAUAGCUCACUGUCCCCAUUUGAUAACAGCACUGCCGCUUCCAAAACGGAGGAGGAAGACUUAGAAGUCAACACGGACGUUUACUCCAAGGUGAUAGUCACUGUCAUCUACGUGGCUCUGUUCGCUGUGGGCUCUCUGGGGAACUCCAUCACCCUGUACACACUGCUGACCAAGAAGACCCUGCAGAACCUCCAGAGUACCGUGCACUACCACCUGGCUAGCCUCGCCGUGUCCGACCUGCUGAUCCUCGUCCUCUCCAUGCCCAUCGAGCUCUACAACUUCAUCUGGUUCCACCACCCGUGGGUCUUCGGGGACGCCGUGUGCAGGGGUUACUACUUCCUCCGGGACAGCUGCUCCUACGCCACCGCGCUAAACAUCGCCAGCCUGAGCGUGGAGCGCUACAUGGCCAUCUGCCACCCGUUCAAAGCCAAAAGCAUCAUGUCCCGCAGCCGCACCAAGAAGCUUAUCAGCGCCAUGUGGCUCGCGUCCUUCGCGCUCGCCACACCGAUGCUCUUCAUCAUGGGCCAGGUGAUGCGUAAAGGCGAGAAGAUAUGCACCGCCAUCGUUUCCCAUGUCACCAUGAAGACUGUUCUUCAGGUAAACGCAUUUCUGUCCUUUGUGGUACCAAUGGUGGCCAUAUCUACGCUGAAUGGGGUCAUAGCCAAUCAGCUGCUGCGGAUGUUCCGUGAGGCAGAGCAAGACAACCGUGUCUGCAUCAUUGGGGGAAAUCCCACCAUGCUGAAUGUCACAAUGGAGCCAAACCGUGCUCAGUCACUUCGCCAUGGAGUUCUUGUGCUCCGAGCAGUGGUCAUAGCCUUUGUGGUCUGCUGGCUGCCCUAUCACGCUCGCCGCCUCAUGUUUUGCUACGUCUCUGACUGGUCCGAUGACUUGUAUGACUUCUACCACUAUUUCUACAUGCUGACCAACGUCCUGUUCUACGUCAGCUCGGCCAUCAACCCUGUCCUCUACAACCUGGUGUCAGCCACCUACCGCCAGAUCUUCUUCUCCACACUGCGUUACUUCUGGAUGCCGUGCCGACAUACACCCAGGAGCCACCCCCACCCCCUGACCCGCCACUCCAUUAGCAUCUCCAGCAACCACACCCUCUCCACCAACAUCAUCAAAGAGACAGCGUACUGA